AGGUUUAAUUUAUUAAACGCUGAGCUCAGACUAGCGCAGUGCUGCGGUUUGAAGCGCGUAGUCUGUAUUUUACUCUUGUUGGAAAUAAAUUUGGUUGUUUAUACGGCGGGGCGCGCGCUGGCGGAGCGGCCCGGUCACGCGCUGCGAGAGGCUAGCUAGAGCUAACAGCGUCCGUUAAAAACCAAUAAGAGAUAAAACCAUGCAAUAAACACAGCGACCACGAAUCACCGUAACCGGAGAGCUUUGCUUCUUCUUUUGUUUUGUUCGUGCUUUAAGUGUCGGUUUACACAUUAAACACCUGUAAAUCAUCCCGCGAGCCGCUGGGCUAAAGCUAACGCAGCUAGCUGACGAGCUAACGAGCUCGCGCUGCUUUAAACGGUAGCUAUAGCUAACUUAGCCAGCUAACGUAAAUCAGAUUAGCGGCUAUAAAUAUCCGAAUAACGGACAAAACUCAAUUCAACCCGCGAAUAAAGCGUACAAAUGUCUUAAUUUGAGUGAAUGUUUCAUUUAGAACAUUUACACAGGCGCUUGUUUUCAAGCCCGUCCCGGUUUGUUGUGCUAAUCCCCGAAGCAAAUCAAAGUUGUGCUAAGAUAACGGCUGAAGCUGAGCACGAGCUGUUUCGUAAACCUUUAGCUGGUGUAAGCUAACAUAGUUAACCUAGAUUCAGUUUAACGUAUUUCUGCGAUUUUUGGUUGCAUGUAUAUUGCAGCGUUUUAGGAGGUCGAAAUACAGUGUAUAACCUAUAGCUAGAUAACUCCGCUGAGCAGUUAGCUUAGCUAGUUAGCCUUAGCUGGGAUAGCUAUCUAACUUCCACGGAAUUAAGUUAGAGAUAACAGGCUAGCCUGUGCUAAGCUAAGUGUGCCCUAAAUGUGUUGUAACACUUAACUGUUAACAAGAAACAGCAAGAGUUAAAGAGUAAGCUAAAACAGCCAACUCAAGUAGCAGGUUAACCCUCGUCUGUUUGUGUUGUACCUUUAGUAAUCAGUAAAAUAUAUACGUUUUAUACUACCGUUAACAUAUAAUGUUAGCUAAUAAACAGAGCAGUGUGGGAGUUGAUUCUGUUAGCUAGCUGGUUUCAGGAUGGAGCUCAUGGAUGUUUGCAUUAAUGAUAAUUACCUAUUACUGAUUGUUUGAACGUUUCUUCUUGUUUCUGUAUAUAGGUAUGUAGCUAUGUAUUGCAUUGUGAGAGCUAUGGUGGUAAACGCGUUGCCUCCGGGUUUUUAUGGUCAUCCUUUUAUAGGGGUUCUAUCUAAUAUUUGCAUAUUGCUCAUGUGUUGUUGUAUAUUUGCAUCUGAAACUGUGCACUGUAUUAUGCCAGCAAUACACUAUACGUUAAGAAUUUGGAAAGAUCUUUUGUAUUAUAAUUUUCAUUUUUUUGUGGGAAAAUGUAUGAGAAGCUGUUGAACAGUGAAACACAAACAGAAGAAGCAACUUUUGUGUUUGCAGACGAUUGUUAGUGUAAAAAAAAAAGUUAAAUGACAUCACAGAAUGUGGACAUGGUUCUGGGUAAAUGAAAGGGGACAGUUGCUGUCUGUUAGAGGCUGAGUGGGGCUCAUCUAUCGUUUGUUUACUGUGUCCACAACAUAGUUUGCAUAAGACAAGAUGGGAACAUGCUGCAAAUCUAGCUACUUGGUUGAUUUAAUUUUAAUUUUUCAAUGUCUGCAGUGUUGAAAUUGCUUGAAAAGUUGUUUGGUGUAAGACUAGCAUUACAUUUCAUAACAUUUGACAGGUGCUUUUGUCCAGAGAACUUAACAAUAAUGAUGUACAUUUGAAAAUAGAGGACAUAAAAGUUCAAGGUGAAAAACAUUUUAGACAGGGCCUGAAGGAGUCCAAAUGGAAAUAUUGGGAUAGAGGAGGAAAGGAGGAGAAUAUGAAACGAAUGCCACAAUGACAUCAAGAUUUGGGAAAACCUACAGCCGCAAAGCAGGAGGAGACGGCUCCUCCAAGUUUGAUGAGGUCCUUUCCAACAAAAGGGCCACGCUUAGCACCAAAUGGGGUGAAACUACCUACAAAGCCCAGUUGGGCUCCAAGAGACCUGGCCUGAAAGUAGAUCAGGCCGAUCGGAACAAGAGGCCCAAGCUCGUCAAAGAUGACGGCUCCGAAGACCCAUUUGGCUUCGACAGCGAUGAAGAGUCGAAGCCAGUCACUUCUCGAAGUGUGGCACAGCCCAAGGCGUCCUCGGUCAGGCCGGCCGCAACUGAUGCACCUAAGGCCAGUCUGACUCUGGAGCCCAAUAGCAGGGUUAGCCAACCGGCCAGCAUAGAGGCGGUGGCCCCUAGCUGGAUGUCACCCAGCCUCAGCACUGACCGGAGCGCCCAUCGGGUGCCUGAGGAUGCUGGGAGGUUUUUCAGCAGCUCCACAGCAGGUAAGACAUACAAUUGGUCCAGUGAGAGUACGGAUCGUCACAGUUAUUCAUGGUACAAAAAUGCCUCAGAGAGCGACCGCAGACCCCUGGCCCAGACCACGACAUUAAAAUCAGAGAAAUCUGAGGACAAGGACUCUUUCGAUGCUUGGAGCGCCGUGGUUGGUCUGGGGGCCCAUUCCACAUCUCCUCUCACUGUAUCUAGAGACCUUCCGUCCAGUACAUGGACUGCUGGAGGGUAUGGACACAGCAGCAGCAGUAGCUUCCAGACCAAACCCCCUGUAGAGACCUAUAUCGAGGACGUGGGCCAGGGAGACUCGGAUGUCCCUGUGGAGCCUUCGCAAUCGGAAGACCCCUCUAAGUCACUCCUCAGGGCUUCCAACUGCAGGACGUACUGCAGAUCUAACAAAGGCAAGCAGUCCGGGGGGGCGGAUGGCUUCGGAAGCGCGUUUGACAGUAUCUCGUCAGGUUCUUCGAAGAGUGGCAGCGUGGAUGCCGCUGGUAAGACAGUGGGCAGAGGCAGGCCAAGAGACUACACAGUGCUGCACCCUUCUUCUGUUUCUGCAUGCAACGUCACCAUUCAGGAUUCCAUAGACCGAGGCAUGGAGGAGUUCUCGUCUAGCGCUUCAUCGUCAGAUCUUGGAGACGCUGGACGGCUGAGGAAGAAAGUGGAAACAGAAACCAAACCUGUCAGUAGGUUCAGACCCACGCAGAACAAGUCCAAGAAGGACAGUAAGCUGGAGCUGUUUGGCUUUGAUGACGGAGAGGCUUUCGCUGAGGAUGACGACCCGGUCUCCUCUGGCAGAUCUAACUACAAGAUCAAAUAUUUCGGCUUCGAUGACCUUAGUGAAAGUGACAGCGAUGAAGAUGAGAGCACUGCUGAGAGGAGGAGGGCCAAGAGGAAGGCCAUGGCGGCUGCUGCUGCUGCUGCUGCUGCUGCUGCGGCUGCAGCAUCAGCCGAGGUUUUAGAAGAGACCAGCAUAGACCGACCUCAGCCUACAUCUUCUCUGGAGAGCCAGAGCAGCACAGGUCAGAGACUCGGCCUCAAGCGAGGUCCUCUAGAGGCACCAGAAGCGACCUCUCGCUCCAUGUCUGAGGCACUGAAGAAGCCUCAGGAGAAAGCAAAGGAGGGCGGCAGAAAAAUCUUCAGCGGACCCAAACGGUCCCCAACAAAAGCUGUAUAUAAUGCAAGACACUGGAACCAACCAGAUUCUGAAGAGCUGCCGCCCCCUCCUCCCUCUGCAUCGCAGGCCACUCCGGCUGGUCCAUCCGGAAGCAGUAAAGAAUCAAACUCGCACAAGGGGGACGAAGCAGUGUUCAAAACUCCACCUCUACCACCCAAAGUCAUCAAGUCGGUCACCAUCCCCACGCAGCCUUACCAGGACAUUGUCACAGCACUGAAAUGUCGGAAGGAGCACAAAGAGUUGUACACGGUAGUCCAGCAUGUGAAACACUUCAACGACGUGGUGGAGUUCGGCGAGAACCAGGAGUUCACAGAUGACUUUGAGUAUCUGGCAACUGGCCUCAAGAGUGGUCAGCCUCUUAAUACUCGCUGCCUUAGUAUUAUUAGCCUGGCCACACGCUGUGCUCUACCCAGUUUCAGAAUGCAUCUGCGGGCCAGAGGAAAAGUGGCUCAGGUCUUCAAAACCAUCAACGAUGCCCCCCAACAUUCUAAUCUAGCUCUAUGCACAGCGUCUCUGAUGUACAUUCUAAGCAGAGACCGGUUAAACAUGGAUUUGGACCGGGCCAGUCUAGAGCUCAUGAUUCGGUUGCUGGAACUCGAUCAGGACACGUCCACCGACAACCAACUGUCUUCAAAAGAAAUGAAUAAAGUGAAAGAGAAAAUCCGUAAGCUCUGCGAGACGGUUCACAACAAGCAUCUGGACCUGGAAAACAUCACGACGGGUCAUCUUGCCAUGGAGACGUUAUUAUCGCUGACCUCGAAAAGGGCAGGAGACUGGUUCAAAGAAGAGCUGCGUUUACUGGGAGGUCUGGAUCACAUUGUAGAUAAAGUGAAAGAGUGUGUGGAGAAUCUCAGCCGAGAGGACGAUAAGGAGAACCUGGUGGCCUCGCUGUGGGGGGCUGAGAGAUGUCUGCGCGUUCUGGACAGUGUCACUGUUCACAACCCGGAGAACCAGGCUUACCUGAUCGCCUACAAGGACUCGCAACUCAUCGUCUCUUCUGCCAAGGCUUUGCGUCACUGCGAGGAGAUGAUUCAGAGGUACAGCAGAGAGGUUAGCAUGAGCUCGUCUGGGACGCCACUACCCUUCUGCAGCAACAGCAGCGUGGGUAAAGCUGUGGAGGACUGUAUGAGAGCCGUUAUCGGCGUCCUGCUCAACCUCACGCACGACAACGAAUGGGGAAGCACAAAGACAGGUGAGCAGGAGGAUCUGAUAAUCACUGCGCUUAACUGUGUUCUGAAGGUUCCUCAGUAUCUGCCUCAGGAGCAGCGUUUCGACAUUAGAGUUCUGGGUCUGGGCCUGCUUAUUAACUUGGUAGAGUACAGUGCCAGAAACCGGCACUGCCUGGUGGAGAUGGAGAUGGAUGGAGGUGAAGUGUGGAGCUCCAUGUGUGUCUCUGACAAGGAGGAGCUGAACACUGAGGGAUCCAACAGUGCCAUUGCUGCUUUGGUGAAGCUGUUCCUUCAGAGGGAACAUGCGGCCAGGCUGGCCGAGACUGAGACAGACGACUUCAUCAACGAUGUGCCGAAGGCCCCUCUGGACCAGAGCGGAGAGUGGCACGAAUCGUCAUCAGGGGAGAUCCAGUGGGUGGCCUCAGAAAACAACCCCACUGAAGAUCAGAAGGACAAGAAGAAAGAGGAAGAAGAUGAGGAGCUGGACCUCAAUAAAGCUCUCCAGCAUGCAGGGAAGCACAUGGAGGACAGUAUUGUGGCCUCCUAUACUGCACUGCUUUUGGGUUGCCUCUGCCAGGGAAGCCCUAUGAACGUUAGUACUGUGCGGGAAAACCUUCCAAAGGGAGAUUUCUCCAUAAUGACAGAAAUGCUGAAGAAGUUUCUCAAUUUCAUGAACCUCACAUGUGACGUGGGCACGGCGGGGCAGAAAUCCAUCUCUCGGGUCAUCGAUUAUUUGGAGCACUGCUAGUGCUGGCGCAUCAGCAGAGCUCACCUUCCUUCAACAAACACACGUUUGCGCCGGAGCACACACCUUGCUGAACGCACUGGAGAGAAAUCCACCCCUGAGAGCACCAGCACUAUUAACCCGCCCCCCACCAACCACAAACAUCAUGGCCCUUUUGACGUUUUGAAGACUCUUUCGAUGCUUUGAGAUGGCUGAUGUUGAAUGAAAUUCUCCUGUUUCUUCUCUCUUUUUUUUUUUUUUUUCUUUUUUUUUUGGCUAGUAUAUUUGGUGCAGUCUGCUUAGGCUUCUGUUCUGUCAGGUUUUCUUUCUUUUUUUUUUUGUUUGUUUCUUCUCUCUAUUGGGUUUUUUGAUUUCCUUUUUUUUUAAUUCAUACAUUGACCGCAGUGCAACAGGGAAAGACUGUCAGAAUUCUCUCUCAGAAUCUCCUCGCCUUCAAAAGAACCCAUUUUCUUAUUGUGCCCUGUAAGAAUGUUACUCUGCUAUGCUGUGUUUCUCGUUAACCUCUCCAUCUCCCUCCCCGAUCAAUAGUGCUCGCCCAGCCGCCACAAACGAUGGAUAGCUUUGAUCGAGUGCUGCUCUGACUUGCUCGUUACAGACUCUUCGAGUCUUUGCCCUGUUUUUCCUCUCUCAUAAAAAUACAUGCACAUACCUGCAGCAGAAUCUACACAGAUUCUCCUUGUUUUUUUAUUUUAUCCUACUUUCCUGUUUUUUUUUUUUUUUUUUCUUUUUUUUUUUUGUAUAACUGGUGGUGGUAGCUCAGUUUUAGAAGUCUCACCCCAUGUACCAUGUGUGUCAAAGACCUGGGCAUCACGUCCCUAAUCUCUUUCAGGGAUUUGCGUGAUUAUAAGCGCAUCACUGAGAAUUCCCAACAGAAGCUAUAAAAAAAAAUCACGCAGCAUGCUUUCCUUAGUGUUGUAUGCAAAGUCAAAUGAAAGCUGAAACGUUAAAAUCUUAACAAAUCGCAAAUCCGUUUGUGUUCUCCUGUAUUUGAAUGACCUCAACACACACACACCCAAUGUUAUUAAUGGUAUUUGAGAUAAUAAGCUGAAGUGCCCAGCUCAGUUUUCCUUGUUUAAUUAUUGUUGUUAUUAAUUUAUUUCAAUGCAAGGGUACAUCAAAAUAUCUUAAUCUUAAAGUUACAUUUCCAUAAAGCACUUGAAGUUGUGUCAUCUCUCCACAGGCCAGUUUUUUUAAACCAAGUUCAGACACGGUGUGUUCAUCAUUUUUUUUUUCUUUUUCCCCAUGUUCACGCUUCCAAGUUAAUACAAAGACAUCCUACAAAUAUCCACUUCAUAUAUAUAUAUGCUAUUUCUGACAAGCUCGCUACUCUCUCUCUUACAAUGCAAAAAGCCCCUGUGCACUUUUUCCAUCAUUUAAAAUUUGAAAAGUCUCCCCUGUUUGGUGAAUUUGGAAAUUGACUUAGAAUAGAUAUAAAAUAUUAAAUCUUAAUUGUCUUAUUUUACCUUCUUUUCAAUUGUAUUUCCAAAAUAUGUAUUGCUUUUUCUGUUAGUUUUUUUUAUUUUUUUGUUUGUCUGCUGCAGACUGUUCUGCUGGUCCUUGGGCUGAUCCAGAAACAGUGGUGUCAUCGUGUAUGUGUGUGCGUGUGUGUGUGUGUGUUUUUCUCUCUCUCUGUCAGGGCUGUAUCCAACACGCUAAACAUCCCAAUGUUUUUUGAAUUAGCAAAUUCUGGAAUAUUAAUGGAACCACACAAAUGUACAUAUUUCUGUAAAUAUUGGCUAUUGGAAAUCUAGAAUGAUAGACUACUUUUCAGAAUCCGAUCUUAUUUUUAUUUUAUACAGCAUUUUUCUCAGUUGUGUUUGAGGUGAAAUUAAAGAGGCAUCCAAAGCCAACUGCAGGAACCUGAACUUUGUACCAAUUUCAGAAAUGAUGUCUUUGGUUACUUGUACAUAAUUUUAACUCGAAUAAAAAUUGCUACUUUCAAUACA